AUGGAGGGCCUCAACAACGGCGACACCGCGUGGAUGGCCAUGUCCUGUGCAUUGGUUCUGUUCAUGACGCCUGGGUUAGCAUUCUUUUAUGGUGGCCUGGUGCGAGACAGCAAUAUCGUCAACACGAUGAUGAUGAGCAUCAUCUCCAUGGGACUGACCACCAUCACUUGGCUGGUGUUCGGAUUUACGUGGUCCUUUGACGAGUGGGGUGCAGGCAAGGGCUUUACCUAUGUGGGCUUCCGCAACCUCGACGCGGUGUGGUCCGGAACCACGAUGCCAGGAAUGACCUUUGCAGUGUUUCAGAUGACCUUCGCAAUCAUAGCGGCUGCUAUCAUCUCUGGGGCCGUGGUCGAGCGCAUCCGCUUCUCGGCUUACGCUAUCUUCAUCGUGGCCUGGGUCCUUGCUGUGUACGUGCCCCUCUGCCACUGGAUCUGGGGCGGCGGCUGGAUUGCCGAGAUGGGCGCGAAGGACUUUGCCGGUGGAACUGUCGUUCACAUCAGCUCGGGCACCUCAGCGAUCGCUCUGGCAUCACUGCUGGGGGAGCGCAAGCACCGUUCCGAGUCCUUCCCCAGCAACCUGCCUUUCGUCAUCUUGGGCGGAGGUAUCCUUUGGCUGGGAUGGACCGGCUUCAACGGCGGCUCCGCCUUCGCCGCCAACGGCGACUGUGCCCUGGCCAUCGCCACCACGUACGUUGCGGCGGCCGCAGCCAUGAUCACGUGGGUCUCCGUCGAGCGCAUCCUCGAUGGAGCUCCCACAUCCGUCGGCGCCAUGUCAGGCGCGGUAGCUGGACUCGUGAACAUCACCCCGUGCGCCGGCUUCGUGGAGCCCCUGGGCGCUCUCGGCGUUGGUGCCAUUGGAGCCAUCUGCUGCGUCUUCGCGGCUCGCGGGUUGAAGAAGCUGAACCUGGUGGACGACUCACUGGACUGCUUCUCUCUGCAUGGCGUGGGAGGCUUCGCAGGUGCCAUUCUUGGCGGCUUCUUCGACACAGGUGAUGGCCUCAUCUACGGGGGUGACGGGCUCCUGCUGGCGAAGAACCUGGCCGGCGCAGCCUUCGGUGUGGUCUAUUCCGCAGCCGUGACCGCGGUGAUCUUCUUCCUGAUGCGCCUCGUCAUGCGCAUGAGGGUCAGCGAGGAGCAGGAGCUGGAAGGCGUGGAUCUCCAUUGCCACUCCGAGGUCGCCUACGGCAAGAACGAGAACUCCGGCAAGCCGAACGCCUUCGGCGAGCACUCCCAGCGCUUCAAGCCCGAGGAGGCCCCAACGCUGCUUACCGGAUCGGGACCCGCCCGCUCCGCGGCAGAGAAGCCUACCGAGGUCUGA